AUGAAUAACGGUGUUCUUCUUGAAGAAGAGCUGAUCAAAAAGUCCCAGCAAAAGAGAAGGACGUCUCCCUCCAAUUUUAAAGUACGAUUCUUCGUUUUGACAAAAUCAAGGCUGGCGUAUUUUGAGCAUCGUCUUGGGGUAUGUGUGUUGUCUCCCAUAUCUUUUUCAGAGCAUCUUAUCAAAGGAUAAUGAAGGGGUAGGGAGAAACUGAGUGAAUGAGGUAAUCUUGGGCUAGCUUAUGCAAUAGUGGCUUUCCCAGCGAUUGUGUCUGCUUUAUGUUUGAGCAAAAUUGUCCUAUGUGUAAACCAUGCAUUCUUAUUUUAUUUUAGGGUUCUGAAUAAAGAUACGAUAAUGCUUGUUCCUUUCCAGGCGAACUGUUUCAAGGCAUUCACAACUGAUUUAAAAAGCAUUGUUUGCCGCAUUGUAUGCCAUUGUAAGUUUAUAGACACCAAGAAGGCGGACAGCUUGAUGUAGAUACGAGAAUGUUGAUUCUCAGUGGUUUGAGGGUUCUAGAGCAGCCUUUUAACUGCAAGCUGAAACGUUUAUCAGGGCCUUUUAUCUUCUGUGGCUUUGAAAAAACGGAAAUGGAGCCAAGUCCUGCAGAGCCAUAAGGACACGUCUUACUUACACACAAAACACAAACACUACCCCAUCAUUUAAGUAUCACCCAGAUCUGUUCCUUGAACACCACACAAAGUCUCAUUGUCCAGACAGAAAUAUUGUUUCAGGAAUUAGGAUGUCCUUGGAAAGAAUUGAUAUGGCUUGCUAAAAUACCACAGUGGGACUAAGUAACAGCUAGCCUGUAGUUACAGCUUCUGCUAUUGGGGGUCCCAUUGGUCACCCCCUGCCCCUGCAUGGCUUUUGUCAUCUGCUAAAAAGCUGCUUGCUUUCUAAGGAGUUUGCUGAUCAUUGUUGCAGUUUAUUGAAAUCUAAUGGUUGUUUUCUCUCUGUGUUGUUGGAAAAGCUUUGAUCAACAUUGUAGGUGGAUAGUUCAGACCCAAUGUUCAGGCUCAGGUUGCUAGGAUUUUGUUGGCAUAUAUACCACAGGUGCUGGAAGUUGCCUGUUAUAUUUCCAGCUGGAAAAAAAUCUUUCCCUAACUUUUGCAGUCUUUUUGUCUGCUCUCAUCCCUCAAAUGCUACAGACCACACCUAGAGACCAGGUCACCAGUGCAGUAACUGGAGUUGUGUGCGGAUAACAUGGUAAUAGAGGAAACAGGCAAGAAGAGGAACAACUACGUUUCUCUUCUUUCAUAUGGUACUGAUGGUGUUGAUUAGGCAACACCUAGGGUCCAGGGUAGGAGAGGACAAUAGGUAGGAUGCUCUCAUGUCAUUAUUAAUAAGUUUGUUCGGUUCUUGAGAUGGCAGAUCCAAGAUGGAGAAAUUAUUAAAGAGCUUACAGAAUAACAAGUGCCUCUUCCUGGGAGGUGAGAGCAGCAUUGUUGCUUUCUUCUUUCAUUGCUGUUAAAAGGGCGGGAUAUCUGAAUUAGGAUUCCCCUACACAGAUUUUAGAUUUAGGUUAACUAUGCAGUGGAAGACUAAAACUUACUCUGUUUAGCACCACUAAUUUUGAUAGGACUCAGUUGAUGCUAGGGAUCAUAGAAUUGUAGAGUUGGAAGGGGCCACAAGUGUCAUCUAGUCCAACCCUCUGCAGUGUAGGAAUCUUUUGCUCAAUGUGGGACUCAGUGGUUAUGCUAGAGGAUUCUGUCUGAAAUGGAAACGGGAGCGGAAGUUGCCACAGCCUUCCUAUUCGUCAUAGGUCAGGAAUAGAAACCACACAAGAGAAGAUGGGCAGUAUUCACUGUUGUCAUUUUCCCCCUUUUAAUCUGUAAAUGUUACAACUAAUUGUGUUAUUUUCUGCAUUGCUUUUGAUGUUUCCCUUCUAUUGAAAUGUAUUGAAAUUAUGUCAAAUUUGGCCAUAGUGGAUAGCGAGACAAACAAUGUAGGUUUUAUAGCAGAAGCUUCUGUAGUGGAACAGAAACAAUGCUGAUUACAACAAGGACAAGACCAGAUGAAAAUUGGUGCCUCCUUGCAUCCUUAGUUGAUGCAAGCCUGUGUACAUAUAGCAUAGAAAAAAAGUAGGAAAUGGUUAAGAAAAAGUAGAAUCUUCCAUCGAGGACCUGAAAGGAGCACAUCUCUGAAAAUUAUGUACAUACUGUACAUAAUCUAAAUUUGGAUGGAGGUAAAUUCCUGCCAACCUAGCAGUUUGAAAGGAUGUUAAAGUGCAAGUAGAUAAAUAGGUACCGCUCCGGCGGGAAGGUAAACAGCAUCUCUGUGCACUGCUCUGGUUCGCCACAUGACCCGGAAGCUGUAUGCCAGCUCCCUCGGCCAGUAAAGCGAGAUGAGCGCUGCAACCCCAGAGUCGUUCGUGACUGGACCUAAUGGUCAGGGGUCCCUUUACCUUUACCUAGAUUCCUAGAACCAAAACAGAUGAGACAUAGAAGAAUAUGUGAUCAGAUUUUCCAAUUAAGUUUAACUUAAAAGCAACAAAAAGGCAGGGCCUAAUGGGAUUAUGGAAGCAGAAAUGGGAGGGAGAGGGGUUUUCCACCCUCAACCCUUUCUCCCAUCAAUAUUCCCUAUUAAGAUAUUAUCCCAUAGAAGAAAACAUCCAGUGCUUUUUCCUUUACAGUUCUAAUAGCAGCUUCAGAAGAGAGAGUGAUUUAUAGUUGAAUCAUAUCUCAUAGUAAAUGCAUUUUUUAAAAAUGUGCAUAAACUUGUUUAGUUUUGAAGAAAAUGCACAUAGGAGGGCCCUUCUCUGGAACAUGUUACUGCUCCAGAUUAGAGACUGUACAGAUUUUCCUAACAGAAAUAUCUUUCCAGAUGCUCCCCCCCUUCCAAAUUACUCUUUGCUGGUAAACUGUACUAGGGUGGGGUGGGGGUGUUGAAGCACACUCUGCCCCCAACAUUAUUUCUGCUCUAAUCCAAUACAGAUGCCUCUCCUGGUCAUAGAUCUCCUGCAUAUUGUCUAAUUUGGCCCUUAAUCCCUGGUAAUCUGAAACUAUGUUUUGCAUUUGAUCUUGUUGCAUAUCUCAUGACCUUAGAAUUUAUUUUAACCCAACAUUUAGGCUGCAAUCCUAGGCACACUUACCUGGGAGUAAGACCCAUUGAAUACAGUGGGAUUUACUACCCAUUAUCUAUGAAUAUAAGGACACUUACCCACUUUUUAACACUAGUUUUGUGGUAUAAUUUAAGGCCAUGGAAUAAAUGGGGAUGACUGGCACAGUAAAUGCUUUUUUAAAAAAUCAAGAGGCAUUUUAAGUGUGUUUUUCUGAUUUGAUGCUCUAUCCCUGUUGUGCACUACUUAGAAAUGAUGGUAUUAAGAUAAUAAAAUACAUAAUUAAAUAUCAAUAUAAUAUUCUUUUAUUAAGAUACAUAACCUGAUCCUGCACUUUAAAGUGCACUUCUAAACAUAUUUGCUAGGGAAGACCCCUUGUGCUCCAUUGAACUUCUUGUAUGUAAACAUGUUUAGGAUUACACUGUUAGAAUACAAUUUACAAGACUCUAGAUGGGUUGUUGUUUUUAAGAAUAAAAAAAGGCAGAAUAGGUGUAAUUUUCGUCAGGAUUGCAGCAUGCAGGCGUAGGGUGUUCAAUGAAAAUUCCCACUUAUUUUAGUGUGAGAGAAGGACCACUAGUGCAGAGGGGUUUUUUGUUGGGAUAAUGGCUGGUGAGGGAAGAUGCUGCAGUCCUGAUGCAGAUGUUCCUCCCUAAUGUGUGCUAUUAAUUAAAAUAAGAAAUCAGGGUGGCUGCUGCCUUUAGAUCAUGGGUAGGCAAACUAAGGCCCGGGGGCCAGAUCUGGCCCAAUUGUCUUCUAAAUCUGGUCCUGGAAUCAGCAUGUUUUUACAUGAGUAGUAUGUGUGCUUUUAUUUAAAAUGCAUCUCUGGGUUAUUUGUGGGGCAUAGGAAUUCGUUCAUUUUUUCUUUCUUUCCAAAAUAUAGUCCGGCCGCCCACAAGUUCUGAGGAACAGUGACCAGCCCCCUGCUGAAAAAGUUUGCUGACCCCUGCUUUAGAUGCUGUUCUGCUUGCCGGGCUUCACACAGACACCUGGUUGGCCACUGUGAGAACAAGAUGCUGGGCUAGAUGGGACAUUGGCUGAUCCAGCAGGCUAAUCUUAUGCUCUUAUGGACAGUCUUACUGUCUAUUUUGACCCUUAAUCUUUGAAUAACCUGUAGCAAAACACAGAUUUUAAUAGAGCCCAAUAGCAGCCUUUGGCAAAUGAAAUCUUUUAUGGGCCCAUUUCUCAGCUCUGCUGAGAGAGCAACACUGCUGCCUUAACACACUGCGUUUCCCAAAUAAAUUAUCUUUUCCAACAGCGGAACUACGUGUACAUUGAAUGUUGUUCUGGGACAGUUAGGUGAUUCUGGGGCAGUGGAGGUUUUGUUUGUUAUACAGUGGUACCUCGGGUUACAUACGCUUCAGGUUACAGACUCCGCUAACCCAGAAAUAUUACCUCGGGUUAAGGACUUUGCUUCAGGAUGAGAACAGAAAUUGUUCUCCGGCGGCAUGGCAGCAGCGGGAGGCCCCAUUAGCUAAUGUGGUGCUUCAGGUUAAGAACAGUUUCAGGUUAAGAACGGGCCUCCGGAACGAAUUAAGUACUUAACCCGAGGUACCACUGUACGUGGUGUGUGUGGAGACUUUGUUUCUCUCCUACACUAAGACUGCAAUUUUAAGAGGAAGACUGGCAUGAUGGAGGGAACUAGGGGCCUCUUAACUUGCUCUUCUUGUGACAUUUUUCCACUGCAAAAUGACCACAUCCCAGCCACCCUCAGCUGAUAAGACAGCUUUUUAAAAUCAAAUAAAUAAACUGAAAUUGUUGAAUUGUUGCUGACAAAUUUGCAGUCUGCAUGACAGGCUUCACUAAUGGACAGAUUUUUGUUAUCAGUCAGACUGUUGGCAUACGCAGGGUUAGGAAUGCAUACGUCAGUACAGUAUAUGUGAAAUCAGACUGUUAGGGGAAAAAAGAGAGUUUUGUCUGCAGCAGCAAUUUGCAUGUUAUAAUAGGGACACGGAUUACAAGACACUGGUGGAUUUAUGCAGGGCGGCAAUCUCGAAAACACAUAUCUAUUAUGCACGCUUUACUUCAUGGUAAGAUGGCCCCUCAUUGUGUACUGUAUAAUGAAAUUUAGAAGACACAGAUCCUUAUUGUUGCUAGAUUUUCUGAGGUUCAUUCUUCCCCUGAUGUAUGUACAAACCUUUCAUUAAUGUUAAUGGCAAUUAUGCACUAAACACGAGAGGAGAAAGAGCUUUCUGUUCCAGGGAUGAGAAUUGGAGUUUUAAAAGUCAUAGCAAAGCUUGCAUUUAAGAAGACCACAGCUUUGCAGUUAAGAAGAACAUAGCUCUUAAUUCUCCUAAUAGCAAAAUAUUUCGUCAGUUUUCCUUCUCUUUUUUUAAAAAAAGCGGACUACAAAAUCAGUAAAAUGCCAUGGAUGGUUUCAGUGGCUGGGAGCUAGGUUGUUAAAAUAUGCUGAAGUUCCUUGGUUCUCGAUGGAGAGCGUUGUGGCGGACAGCACAAAAAUAUGUAUAUUUAGAAAUUUAGUCCAUUGCAUCCACUGUGGUUCUCCCUGCCUCUCUUAAUAGCAAGCAUCUCUCCAGGCUUCAGCCACUUGGUCAGCCAGGAGUGUAAACCUUUGAUGAAAUCUAUUGGAUGUUUCAUUGAAAUGCUGUGAUUGUGUUAGAAGUGUGUUGCCAGCACAGUGCUUUGAGAUAGCAACAGCUGCAGUGUAAAAUAGAACGUAAAACAGCAUAGUAUUGCUGCAGAGACAAUAAUGAACAAAGCUGACAGUCAAGAGACACGGAACUGCACCUGAAACAGCUAUUUAUUGCUGAUAAUUGAACGAAGCCACCUUGCCUUGUGUCUUUUGUAGGUUUAGCUGCCGUAAGAGACUCAGAGCUGCUGUUUUUGCUCUCUCUUCCUCAUAAAUGCAUACGACAACAAACACAACUUCAUUACAUAUCUUGAUAAUGUCCAAGGUGUGCAUUCCACCUCGCCACUCAAUGAUUUGGGGCAGAGACACUCCAAGCCUCAUGGCAUUUGCAACAUGUUUAUUUGUAUUGGUUUAUUUAACAACAUUUCCCUAGUUUAUUUAAAACAUUUAAAAUUCCAAAGUGGUUUACAGCACAUAAACACUGAUAGAAUAAAACAAUCAAUUCAAUUCAAAUAAAGACCUGGUCUCAGAUAUUAAGCAGAGCAAGAGGUGUCUUUAACAAUAUCAUCUGAAUAGUUAUUAUUUCAGUUUCUCUAAAUAUCAAAAGUCUUAGAGUACAAUAUUUUUGUACAGUGCCAUUGCGUCUGUAUGUAGGUUGUAUUUGUAUUUGUUAACAAUGAUGAAAACCGUGUGUGUGUGUAUUAUAGUCAAUGCAGGAGCUUCCACAAUAGGUGGACAAUUCCAUGCACAGAGAGUUUCUUAUAGUUUCUGGAGUCUAUUUUGAUAUAUAACUCACACAUUUCUGUAUUUUCCUUCCUUUCACCAAACCCCUGCUGUUAGUUAUGCUUCCUCAAUUCCCAAAAAGCCAAUUUCAUUUUAUUUGCUUUUCCUUGAUUUUCAAAAAUGGCAUAUAGAUGUCCCCUUGUAUUGUUUUGUAUAUCUUUCCUCUUGUGCUGUUUCCUUCAGUGAAGUCUGUAUGGACCCAGGAACAAUGCAUAACUUGUGCUGUUUGUCUCUUGAACCUUGAUGCACAUAGAUCAAGAAUAAUUUAAAGUGCAAUUGUACUUUGAAAAGUGACUAUGUAAAAAGGCCUCUUGCUGUUCAAAGGGCCUUCUCCCAGUGUGCAUUCUGAUUCAUAACUGCUGGUUUAAGUGACAAUGAUAAUUGUUUUCUCAUUUCUGUUCUGUUAGCUCUGGAGAUUGAAUCAAGGAGGCAGCGGCGCUGGGUGUGUGUGUCUCUUUGUGAGCAUUACUAAAGGACUGCAUUAUUCAUUUCCAUUAGUUUAUGUCUGUAUGAAUCCAUGUUCACAUUGGGUCAAGAUUCGCAAUGUCUGAGGCAGGUUUCCCCAGUGAAGUAACUAGAUGACAUGUGCCCUUUAAUCCCUAAUGCAAUCUGAACACCAACCUUCCUCAAGGGAAAAUGUUAUUUCCCAUGUUGAUUGCCAGUUUGUUUCCAGACCCAUGGUGUUCACAUUGGUGUUUAAAGCCCUAAAUAACUUACACUUCAGAUAUCUGAAAUGCUGCAUCUAUCCCAACCGACCCCCCUCAAGUGUUAAGAUAGGCAGAGGGAGGGCACUUGUCAUAGUUCCACCACCAUCAGAAGUGUGCCCUACUUUACAAGGGAUAAUUCUCUAUUUGAAGGGCCGUCAGUCCUCUGUUUGGAAGACCUCUCUGUUUGAAGGCCUGUCUGGUCCAAGUGUGGUUUAAAGGUAAAGAAUCUUAAGAAGGGAGAGCAAGGGGGACCUUAAUGUCACUCACCAACAAUUAACACCUGAGAGUCAGUGACAAGCAGAACCAAUUCUAGUUCUGUCCCCAUCCUCCUCUCUGCUGAUUUCUACAAGGGCCACCCUGUGACUAAGGAGGAGGACAAUAUCAGGCAGUGCCGUCCUCCAUGGUUGCAUUCUGCUUAAUAUCGGUUGAACAUUAGCAUUACAUAGAGAUUUAGGCAAAAGCUGUUUUAAUCCUCACGUGUGAAAUCACCACAGGAAUAUUGACUGAUUUAGAAUGCCACUGUUUCCCCUCUUGAUUAGCCAAGGUUACUUAUGCCCCAAUGUGAUUUUAUUGCAUUUUGUGUGUAUGCAUUAUACAGCUUCAUUGUAUGCAGUGCAUGCUAGUAACAUGCAGGUGUUGUUUUGCCUCCUUUGUUUCCCUAAGCGGUGUUUCACAUACAGUGUGUGCAUUGUGGCUUUUCAGUGCUAAAACCACUGUGUGAAAGAGACGAAAAGCCUUUGCUGCUCAAAUCCUCUCCCGCUUUGCGUUGUUUUUGAGGCUCUGAAAAAGGAGAUAAGUAUUAGAUCCUAGAGUGCUCUAGCACCUGAUGGCAAGACAUGUUGCUCUAAUCAGUUAGUCCUUAGCCUAGGUGUGUCAAGAAUGGGACCAGGGCAAUAUUUCCAAUCACGACACCAUUCAGGUGCUGUAUGGAAAUCGGAACAGGGUGCCUGGAUGCAACUCACAGCUUCAUGUUAAUUUCAGGGUCAUGGCAGAAUCCACAGAGACCUGCAAAUUAUUUCUGUCAAGACUUUUGCAGAAACCAGCUCAGUUGCCCAUGUUUCCCACUGCCAAGAUGGCUGCAGCACAAAAUACCGUAUUUUUCGCUCUAUAACACGCACCCGACCAUAACACGCAUGUAGUUUUUAGAGGAGGAAAACAAGAAAAAAAAUAUUCUAAACGAAACAGUGGAUGUAUGAUUUUUGUGGUUCAUGCUGUGGCCACAGACAUGUGAUCUGACAGUGAGUUUGGAGUAGCCCAAUGCAAAAAUCCUGAGGAUCCAUGUGGAUCCAUGCUUUGUAACCACAUUUUUGCAGCACUGCGGCCCCAGGCAACAGUGGGUGCAUGAUUUUUUUGGUGUAAGAUGUAGCCAUGGACAUGCUAUGUGACCUGAUGGUGAAUUUGGGGUGACCCAGUGCAAAAAUCCUGAGGAUCCAUGUGGAUCCGUGCUUUGUAACCACGUUUUAAGUGGGGAGGGAAGGGAAAGCACUCAAGGGACAAGGAGCACGUGUGGGGUGGGUGGAGAAGGAUGCUGCUAAUAAUGAAGAAGAGGGGUAUAAGGGGAGAAGGCUCCUCUCCUCUCCCACUUUGCUCCUUUAAAGCAAGCAGACUGCUUUUCUUCCUCCUCCCCACUCAGCGGCUCUUCUCCUGCUUUGCUGUUUCAAAGCGAGCCACGGAGGAGGGAAGGAAGGGAUCCUUUGCUCACGACUGCAGCAGAUUCCCCCCCUCCCGCCACCUGUAGGCAUUCCCUCCAUAACACGCACAGACAUUUCCCCUUACUUUCUAGGAGGAAAAAAGUGAGUGUUAUGGUGCAAAAAAUACGGUAAUUGAUGCCAUUUAAGCGAGUGCAUUGUUCAAAAUAAAAAAGCAAGUCUCCAUAUAAUCAGAAAAUAACACUGACUGUGAAGGUUGCUAUUUGGAUUUGCAAAAUGCUGGUCUGUUUCCUCCUUGUGUCCAAAAGGUCUUGCUGCUUCAAUAUCGGGUGCAAUGGUUCAGUUCACACAUAGUGUUAAAUGAGGGUUUAGCAUUACAAAGGAGGAAAGGGGAGCUUGGGAACCUGAGCUUCACUGUGGCUUGUCCACAUUACUGGCAAAUACAGCCAGUGUGUCUGCAAGGAACACUGAGCAGCUGAUCAUUGCAGUUGAUUGCAACAUUGUAGGAGUGUAGGUGAUUGCUACAUUGUAGGAGCACUACUGAAAUUGCUUCCCCUGGAAAUGCGAAAUACCAUUAAUAUGUGCAGAUUUUGUUCAAUUUUGUUCAAUAAACUAGUAUCUAUUUCUUAAGCGUUGAAAUUAGAACUUGAAAUUGGAGGGAUAUUGUUCUUCAAAAUCGACAUUAAUUACAGCCCCUUCCUAAUUUUCCUGAAUGCAUUAUGCUGCUGAAUGUCAGUACAUACCUCACAACUACUAAUAUAUAUUUUCCUGCAGUGAAUUAUUUUUGUAAGCUAUGAAGGUUUGUCAUAGGUUAUGGGAGGGAAAUAGGUUAUGUGAGGGAAAUGAGAAUAGUAAGUGACAAAAUGGAGAUGGGGACAGGUGUCAUGAAAAUGAUGGGAUACAUUAUUUUUUAAUUUAUUUGAAAAUGUAUAUUUAAAUCUAGAUUUUUCAAGAUAGGUUACAAAAGAGAGCCAUAAAACAAAAAUAAAACAGAUCAAAACAUUAGAUAUAAAAGCAAUUAUAGUAACAGUAAAAAUACAAAAAUACAAACUUUAAAAAAAAAUUGUCUAAAACAUGGCUCUCUGGGCAACCCAGUCCAAUGGGCGGCAUAUAAAUAAUAAGAUGAUUAUGAUUAUUAUUAUGCAAGCCUACAGAGUGGCAGGGAUAUGUAGAGAAGGACCUCUGGUGCCAGACGUAACAAACAGGUAGGUUCCUGUGGAAGGAAGUGAUCACUUAGGUGCAAGUGUAAGACAUUUUUAUGCAGCUGGAGAUUAAAAUCAGUUUGAAUUGCACUCAGAAAUGAACAGGAAGCAACUGCAAGAUAUGAUCUGACUGACCAGGUCAGCAACCUUGUUGCUGAAAUUGUUUUCAGAGACGGAGCCACAUAUAACGUACGACAGUAGUCUAAUCUGGGUGUUGAUGCCAGGAUAUGGAUAACAGCAGUUAGACUACAUCUGUCUAGAAGAGGCUGUAGCACGUUCCUGGAGUGAGCAUGUACAGAUGGCACCAUCUCUCACAAACACAUAGUUAUAGCCCAGACACAGCAAGGAUUAGAUGAAAAGAAGCAUUGGUCAGAAAAGAAACUCUCAAGUAGAGAAAAUUGACUUGGUUUGCAUUUUAAUAAGUAAGUAACUAAUUUUAACUUCUCAAAUCAAUGCAAGAAUCAAAGCACAGCUUUCUUUUUAAAUUUACACUUCUGUGAAUUUUGCAGUGGCAGCCUCCUGUCAACUAUGUGCAUAAAGAUAAUAUCUAUAGGGAAAGUGUGCGCAGAAAUGCAUAAACUGAAAAUAAAAUACAAAAAUGUGUUAUGUUAGGGAAAAUUACUUUGCAUAAAUGUGUAAAUCAGUCGAAACUGCAUACAAGAAUAUGUUUAUUAAGAGUAAUCUUUAUAUUUUCCAUUCAAACUAGCAUGUUAGGAAGAAGAUUUUAGGCAAAUGAGUUAUACUUCGUAGAAUAAAUUGUCUUGGAAUCUCUGACUAAAAAGGAAAAUGCAAGAUGAAAUGAUUAUAUUGAUCAGAAAAUAAAGCAAUUGCAUGUUUGGAAGAUUGAUUUAAUAUCUCUUUCUAUCUCUUUUUGCAAUCUCUCUCUUUCAUUGGUACUAAAAAUUGUAACAUAGAUAAGUUUUUUCCUUGAUUUUUUCCAAUGUGCUUUUCAGACAUGAAGGAUUAACCAAGACUUGGUCCUGUAAUGUUAACAGUAGAACAGGCACUGCCUACUUCGUAGCAUAACCCUUUAGAAAAAUUACAGACACAAACUGAAUCCUGUGUUGUUGUUUUUAUCUUUUUUUUGUAGAAAAAAAGAAUUCUAAAAGGCUCAAUUGAACUAUCGAAGAUUAAGUGUGUAGAAAUUGUGAAAAGUGAUAUAACAAUUCCAUGUCACUAUAAAUACCCUUUCCAGGUAAGUGAAAGUUUGUGACUCUGGGCCAGCUGUCCUAUCAGGCAGAGUGUUGAAGCCACAUCAGGCAUGAAAGGGUAGCAAGUAUUUAGAUACUUAAUUCAUUUUUGCUUCCAGAGAGAAGCAAAAGAGCUGGUGUUUUCUACUUUAGAUGACAAAUAGCUUUACUUGCCUUAAAUUGCCUUUCACCUUGACUUUGCCUGGGGUGGGGGGUGGGGCGAUUGGCUAAGCCUCAGGAAGCAAGGUGUCUUCUUGGUCCAGCCCUCUCAGUUCCAUAACCUAAGCUGGGCUAAAUCAAUCAGUUUGACAAGUACCAGAGUCAGAGAGACUUUUCUGUAGCAGGCUAACAGUGCCCAGACUGUGGAGCUUCUUCCCUGAGGGGAUAUGUUAAGCCUCAAUGUUUCACUUUUAAACGUAUCUGGAAAAUGUUUAUUUUCCUAUUUCUUAACUGCACAAGAACGAAUUUGGGUAUCUGGAGGGAAAUUCAGCAUUAGGAAAAACUCAGCUGGCUUUCCUCUUCUAAAAGACAAUUCCUAACCCUUUCGGCAGCAGUUAGCUUUGGAACUACAUGCAGAUUAGAGUAACAUGGGUGAUUUAUUUGAGUCAUGCAACUGGAGAUAAUUUGGCAAAUAAUUGAAUUAUUUAUUUCUGCUACAGAUAUAUAGAUAGAUGAUAGAUAGACAGAUAGAUAGAUAUCCAUGCCAUAUUUUGACUUUUAAAGAGUACUUAUGUCAGAAGUAGGUUAUUUUCCUAUUUGGCCUGGAAUUUAUUCUAUGCACCUUUUUUUCAUGUUGUAGAUUUUUCAUGACAACUAUCUGCUGUACGUCUUUGCUCCCAGCCAAGCGAGCUGUCAGAAAUGGGUGCUGGCUCUGAAAGAAGGUAACUGAUCACAGUGUAAUCUCUCAGGUCAAUAAAUAUUCCAAGAGCAGGAUCAAAACACUAGAGUUGUAGCAUAAACUUUAAUGACUCAGAGCCCACUUCAACCACUUUCACAUAUGCUGCCUAUUUCAUGUCUACUAUUGAGUUCCUUUUGAGUGCAAUUGCCCCAUUGAGUUCCAUGGGAUUUACUCCCCAGUAAAGUAUGAGCAUAACUGCUGCCUGAAAUGCUUAUAAGCCUCUCUCCUGCUGUCCGCAUACAUAUAUAAAAGACAGAAAUGCUGCUUUAAAUACCUUUGUAUAAUAUUUUUUUGAUUGAUUGAUUGAUUGAUUGAUUGAUGGGCAUGCAGGAAGGCAAUUACUGCUUCAGCUCGUAUGCUGUCUUUGUGUCACUUUUGAGCUGAAUUGUGAGUUGCUGGCACUCUGGACUGAACCAUUUCAGACUGCAAAUGAGGGGUCAUAUCUUUUUGUUUGUUUCCCAGUGUGGGCAAAAGCACCGAAGCUUCCUUCACAUAGUAAAUACGUAAACACAACAGCAAGAAUGUUUUAGCAUUCCCCCAUAUGCUUGGGACUAUCACUGAAAUGGUAUAAAAAUGCCUAUAGUAAAGAAUCUUCUGUCCAUGCUAGGGACUUUUGACAUAGGGAAACUGAUUAUUAUUAUUUUGAAAAAUGCAACAACCACGAUCCCCACAUCGGUAAUUUAAAGUAGUGCAGUCUGGAAUCUAUUGCUUCACUCCAUGUAACAGAACUGUUACAUAUUCAGUAAUCCAGCUGUAUUUCUUUUGGAAAUUUGGCCUAGCCAAAGAAGAGAAAUUAUUGUAUCUCCUGGCUGGCCACUUCCAAUUGUAGCCCACAAUGAUGGGAUUGACCAGAUGUGCCCCUCUGCGUGUGGAAUGUAAUUUUCAGCUACACUGAGCCUUCUGUCACACCUUCUCCUUCCCAGUCACUGGCAGUUUAAAUGGGAGGUACUGUAUCAUCAUUUUUCAUCAGAACGCCACGUAACGAUAAAGAUUGUUAGCCAUUGUCAAGAUGGAUAGGCUGGGGAAAUUUGACACAAUCUUAAUUUUUCCAUCCAACUUUUUCCAGAAACUAGGAACAACAACAAUUUGGUGGCAAAGUUUCACCCAAAUUUCUGGAUAGAUGGGAGAUGGAGAUGCUGCGCUCAGGGAGAAAAACUGGCAACAGGCUGUGUGGAGUAUGUUCCAGCCAAUACUGGUAUGUAAUUCAUUCCAAGUGUCCUCAUCCCUCCUGAAUCAGUACUGAAUUGAUGAUUUACCCUGAUGUAUGAUGCUCUAAUUUAGAUGAGAUAUCAAGCAAGGACCUGGUCACCUUUGACAGUUGAUAUCCCAUGCCAUGUUUAGUGCUCCCUUGUGUUUAAUUAAGUCUUCGCUCACACACAUAAAGCUUAUUGCAAGCUGACUGUGUUCUGUGUUCUCACUCGAGUGAUCUAUUCAUGCUAUUGUUUGAAUCCCUGGCGUAGAUUUACUGGUUGUCCUUGGAACGAGAGGUCCACAGCCUCAGUGUUGCCCAUCUGCAAAAUGGCUACAUGUUAUAUGGAAUAUCUUCUAAAUCCUUUGUUCUUUAAUAAUUAGUCGCAUGGUUGUAUGCUACGUAUAGUAUGCAGCUGGCUUUGGUUGCUUGAGUUCUCUGCUCGCAGUUUUAUUUAUUGCUUUGACGCAAGGGUGGGGUUUCCCCCCUUCAUUUUGAUGGCUUUAGAACCUCAGGCCCUGGGGCCAAAUACAGCCCUUACACCUAUUUGUCUGGCCCUCAGGACUUCCCCCGAGGCCACCCCACUCACUGGCCCUGCUCUACACCCUCCUUUAGCCGGGUUGGAAUGACUUCUUGAACUGUGAUAUCUCUCAUUUGCAUGGAUGGAAAGAUGGGUAGGAGUGUGUAGAAACCUCUGAUGUGUGUGGCUGCUGGAAUGCAGCCUUUGUACAAAAGGAAGAGUCAUAGAACUCUAGAUUUGGAAGGGACCACAAAGGUCAUCUAGUCCAACCCCCUGCAAUGCAGGAAUGUUUUGCCCAAUGUGGGGCUUGAACCCACAACCCUGAGAUUAAGAUACUGAUUUGUCCUGCCCACUUUUCCCUCUAGCCCUUCUGGAGGGUUGCCCAUGAGGAAAAGCAACCCCUGGGCUGAAAAAAACAUUCCCCUCCUUUGUGUUAGACAGAUCAGUAAUUACCCUGGUAUUAACCAGUGUCAGGAUAUUUGUAAGCAUGUGGAAUAGCCGUGUCUCUGAAGUAUACAGAGCAUUUUCCAUAGGGAUUACUCCACCCUCUCUUUGCUGGAUCCACCGUACAUCACAGCUCCUGUUCCUGUACCGCUAAAUUCCCUGCUGCAUAAAGCUCUGCCUAGUUACUGCUGGGCUUUCCAAUGGGAAGCAACAAGCUCCAUCCCUUGGCGUUGAUACCGAAUCGGAUCUGGUAGAGCCAAGAAGUGAGGCCAGGAAGUGUUAAGGCUUAACACUUCUUGCCCUCACUUGUUAUCCAAGGGCCUUCUGGCGGUUCCCUCAUUGUGAGGUGAGGUUACGGGGAAUCAGGCAGAUGGCCUUCUUGGUAGUGGUGCCCGCCCUGUGGAACGCCUUCCCAUCAGAUGUCAAGGAAAUAAACAACUAUCUGGCUUUUAGAAGACAUCUGAAAGCAACCCUGUUUAGGGAAGUUUUUAAUGUUUGAUGUUUUAUCAUGUUUUUAAUAUUCUGUUGGGAGCCGCCCAGAGUGGCUGGGAAAACCCAGCCAGAUGGGCCGGGUAUAAAUAAUAGUAAUUAUUUGUUAUUAUUAUUAUUAUUAUUAUUAUUAUUAUUAUUAUUAUUAUUAUCAAUGUUCACCCAGCUGCAGUAUUUUUAUCUUCCAGGUGUUGGCAACCUUAGUAAGUGGACAAUGUGCUUCAUACAGCAAUGCUCAUGUUUAACGUAGCUUCAUAACAGCACUGUAUAAAUGUGUGACUACCAUUGUGGGGAAUGGAAACUUGGUCCAAAAGUGGGAAGAAUAGUGAAUGCCAUUAAAAUUUAUAGUUUUGGGAGUGGUUAAUAUGAAUCUCAGAGACAGAACUUGCAGGUCUGCUUUGGGCCGGUUCAAAUGAAGGUUUGCUAUAAUAUGAUUGUAAGAAAGUACUACUUCACAUCUGGUUGCCUGAAGCCUCUGGCCGUGUGGUUAAUUAACCAUUAUUCCGUGCCCGUGCCCAGUCUCUGAGCCACUGCAAACUGUGGUGAGAGUUGCUUCAUUGCAGGAACAGAAACUGCAGAGCAACCAACACUCCGUGUGAAAACAGAGCCACCCUGUGGCUGUUUGAAUUUGCCCAGAUUUGUAGGAUUAUGAUAGUUCUUUCCACUUUCAGAGGAGGUUUGAAAAAGGGCAACCACCCCCUGUGAGGAAAGGUUGCAGUGUUUGUGGCUCUUUUGCUUAGAGAGAAGGCAAGUAAAAGGCAGCAGGGUGGAAGUUUAUAAAAUUGUACAUGGUACAGAGAAAGUGGAUAGAUCAAAGUUUUUCAUCCUCUCUCAUAACACUAGGAAUGGACAUCCAAAGAAGUUGAAUGUUAAAAGACAGGACAGAUAAAAGAAACUAAUGCUUUACACAUUGCUUAGCUAAACUAUGGAGCUCGCUCCCACAGGAGGCAGGGAUGGCCACCAACUUGGAUGGCUUUUAAAGAGGGUUAAAUUCAUGGAGAACAAGGUUAUUGGCAGCUACUAGCCUCUUUGGCUAUGUUCUGCCUCCACAGUCAGAGGCAUUAUACCUCUGAAUACCAGUUUCUGGGAACUGCAGGUGAGUAGAGUGCUGUUGGGCAUCCCAUAGGCAUCUGGUUGGUCAAUGUAAGAGCAGGAUGUUGGACAAGAUGGGCCUUUGGCCUGAUCCAGCAGGCUUGUCUUUUGUUCUUUAUGCUUUGUUCUAAGCAUGAAUCAUAUUGUUGGUAAGCGUUUCUUUUUCUUUUUCUAGUCUCCAAGAAACCUCUUCCCCCAACUCCAGAGGAUAACUGGGUGAGCGUAAAGAAAUGGCAUAGGCAUAGAGAUGAAGUGCAACGUUGUUAAAAUUCAAAUACGUUCAGAUAUUUCUAUAAUAUUUGCAUGUAUCCAAAGGCCGUCUCCCGCGGCCAGUAAAGCGAGAUGAGUGCUGCAACCCCAGAGUCGGUGGCAACUGGACCUAAUGGUCAGGGGUCCCUUUACCUUUACCUUUAAAGGAGCACCUAUAUAGCUAUCUAUCUAUCUAUCUAUCUAUCUAUCUAUCUAUCUAUCUAUCAUCUAUCUAUCUAUCUAUCUAUCUAUAUCUAUCUAUCUAUACUUUUCCGUCUAUAAGACGCCCCCAUGUAUAAGGACCCACCCUAUUUUUGGGACGCGGGUGGCGCUGUGGGUAAAACCUCAGUGCCUAGGACUUGCCGAUCGUAUGGUCGGCGGUUCAAAUCCCCGCGGCGGGGUGAGCUCCCGUCGUUCGGUCCCAGCUCCUGCCCACCUAGCAGUUCGAAAGCACGUCAAAGCGCAAGUAGAUAAAUAGGUACCGCUUUAUAGCGGGAAGGUAAACGGCGUUUCCGUGUGCUGUGUUGGUGCUGGCUCGCCAGAGCAGCUUCGUCACGCUGGCCGAGUGACCCGGACGUGUCUCUGGACAGCGCUGGCCCCCGGCCUCUUAAGCGAGAUGGGCGCGCAACCCUAGAGUCGGACACGACUGGCCCGUACGGGCAGGGGUACCUUUUUUUAUUUUUGGGUACUCGGUUUUAAGAAAAUGAGGGGAAAUGGCCCAAAGUUGUUGAGCUUCUCCCCCCACGCAGCUGUGGGCAGGAAACACUCCCUAGAUGGUUUACAGCUCGCUGCAGCAUCGAGGAAAGUUGCGCUCCCGCCAACCGGCUGGCUGGCAAGUGCGCUGCUUCUCCCCACCCCCAUGCUACUACCCAUGUAUUGGACGACCCCAGUUUUUUGACACGAUUUUUUAGUCAAAAAAACUUGUCUAAUACAUGGAAAAAUUCGGUAUGCACUUGUCUCAUAAUCAUUUUAAAAUAGUAAUUUUGGUUGUGUCUUUGGGAAAAUAUAGUAAGGGUCCUGAAUAUAUAUAUAUAUCUUCUUCUCAUCUAUAGCUUUGAAGUGCAGUAUUUCAUAGUUUGGGAUUUAUGUACUGUAUGCAAUACUUUCAAAUCUACAAAUCAUGCAUAUGUUCAGAAGAUUUUUGUGUGUCUCCAGUGCAUGCAUGAUGUAAUGUGAGUCGCAGGUGUUUUAAUAUACUUAUUAUUUUCAUAUGCUUAAUCUGGGCAAUCUUUCCAUCCUAAAAUGGGAACGGAAAGAUUUUGAGUAUCUGACACAUUGACUGGGUUCACACAUGAAGUCCAACUUUGGUUCAGCUGUCCCCAGACUAACCACCAGCUGUAACCAAGGUUUGCCCUACAGUUUACAGCUUGUGCUUCGCCUGAGAGAGCUAAAUCGUGAGUCUUAUGUCAGUGUAGUGCAGCAGCAAAACGACAGGGGAGGAGUGAAGUGGCCACAGUCUUUUCUUCCAGAGCCCACACAUGCAAGUGGGUAUUUCUUGUAGUUAAUUUUGCAUAUUUAAUAUGGCUCAUUCGAGGUUUUUUUUGUUAUUUCUGUACAGAGAUUAGUUGCAGAGUCCAAGGAAUUUCCAGUAAUAGCCAUUUAUGACUACAGUGCACAGAAUCCUCAGGAGCUGGAAUUACGGUGCAAUGAAGAAUACCAUGUUAUUGAUAACUCUGAGGUCCACUGGUGGUUGGUUCAGGAUAGAAAUGGGUAGGUAGGCCAUUUGCUUGGAGUUUCCCUUCUAUUUUUAAUUGCAGACACAGAAUUAAUAGCCACACAGCUUUCUCAGACUGUACUGCUUCCUGCUCAGAUUGAUGGUUACUGGACUCCAUCUAUAAAUAUAGUUUGGAAGCUUAUCCUCUGUUACCAGUAAUAGCCCUUUCUAGAGGAUAGUUUAAAAGGCAUUGUGCUAUUAUAAACCAUUUUAAUUCAUGUAUACUUUGGGUGGAAGAUGCCUGGGUUUCUAGUGUACUAAUAUUAGAGCAUUCUGUUUUUAACAGGCACGAAGGAUAUGUACCAAGCAGCUAUGUGGUAGAAAAAUCACCAGAAAAUCUGCAAAUAUAUGAGUAAGAUUGUUUUUCCUCUUUAGCUACAACAUUGGCAUGGAUCCCAGCUAGCCACAAAUGGAAGAGUUCAUUCCAUUUGCAGAGGGAACUGGGAUCUAGCAUAGUAGAAGGUACCCUGGGGUACAGGGACUUCUCAACAAUCUCUUCUUUCCCUGCACUGUGUCUCAGCCUCCAGAGGUUCCCCAAAGCCCCUAAAGCAUAUUUUUAAGGGUACAGGGGAAAGGUGAAAUACAUGAAAGACUAUUGACUUCUUUCUGCUGAUGUGAGCGUUUUGCUGCUGAUGGGACACUCCUGCCAGCAAACACUUAAAUAGAUCUAAGGCUAAGCGAUUAUUACUACCAAGGGAGUGAGAAUUCAGUUGAGUAGAUUUUUUUAAAAAAACAACCUUCCAAAUGAAGGUGUAAAUUUGUUUCAGGUUUGGGAGGGUUAAACUGAUAGACAGGAUUGUGGAACUAGUGAAGGGGGAUAUUAUCUGUUCAAGGGGCAGAAAGCUAUUUCAAGGAAUAUUUAGUCUGCUGAAUUGUGGAGAGUAACUUUCCUUUUCCUUUACCAGACGUGGCCAUAGCCAUGCAGUUUUUGCAUGUGCUGAACAUUCAGAAUCUGCUUAAUUUGUAAUGAUGAAUGAAUUCUGAUUUCCUUAGUAUGUUCUUCACAAAUUAACAUGGAUGAUAGUUCAUGUGCCAUUUCAUGUGCAGGAUAAAAACAAGAAAGUAACCCAAAUAACUCCAAAGCCAAGGAGUUUACAGCUAAAGCUGUACAGCCUAACCUCACAUCCUGGGACUCUUUGAUCAUUGCAGGUGGUACAACAAGAGUAUCAGCAGAAGCAAGGCAGAAGCCCUGCUCAAGGAAGAGGUAAAGUGAAUUCCCUAUGGUGAUGGUCUUUUAUUUUUCUUGGAUAUGUAUUUUUUAUGCUUUGGUUACUUUGAACAUGUUGCAAAAGAGACAUCUUGGGGAAAUGCAACGACACUCUUAGUAGCACCAUGUGCUCCUGAUGUUCAACAUGAGCUACAAGAUCAGGGCUUUUACAAUGGUGGCAUCUGUGCCACACUGAAAUGUGCUUCCAGUGAACAUCAGGCAAAAACCUACAGGGAUUUUAAGUUGCCUUAUAAGAUUUGGUCUGUCCACUCAGGCUUUCUCUUAGGAGUAAUCUAGCUAUGCUUAUAUAGUAAUUUGAUCUAGUAAUUUGCAAUGUAUUUUGUACAUGUUUAAGUAAUGUAAUUUUAUUGGGGGGAGGGUUCGGUUGUCACAAUGCUACAAUAUUCUUUCCCCCCCUUAUUGCUAGUGCUACAGAUAUUAUUUUAAUUAAUUUAAAAUAAUGAUUUUUAAAGUCACUAUCCAAUCCUCUGUCACCUGAAUUGCCUGAUUAUAUAAUUUGCUGGGUUGUAAGUAGUAAUCCUUCCACCACCAGUUCCAGGCAGGUGUCUCUCCCAUCCUUACCUAGUUGAACCUGGACCUUAUGCUCUACCACUGAGCUGCAGCCUUCCUGUAAAAAGCAGGAUGAAAUAUAAUACAGUAUGCUAACCAAGUGUCUUUGAGGAUUGGCUCGCUCUUUUCUCAUAUUUGUACCACCUGUGUUUGUUCUUUUUAAAAGAAGCCCAACUUCCUGCCUUAGCACCAACACCAUUAUACUUUGUUCUAGGUCAGGCGGAGUUGUGGAUUUGGGGAUUGGUGAUAUGGCUUCAGCCACUUAGUUUAGGGAUUUUGAAGCCUCUGUUGCAUCACUGUUCAUCGGCUCUGAUUUUCUGACUUUCUCCAUCUCCUCCUUUUCAGGGUAAGGAAGGAGCCUUCAUGGUGAGAGAUUCAAGGCAACCUGGCACAUACACAGUCUCAGUUUUCACAAAGGCUUUGAGGCAAGUCAAAUCCCAGUGGAUGUUUGCCGUGGUUCUGUUAUUUGGGUUUUUGUUUCAGAUCUUCAGAUGAAGGGCAGUAAAUAAAUUUAAUUAAUAUAACAAUAACGAUUAUAAUUUUAUUAUUUAUACACUGUCCAUCUGGCAAUAAUAAUAUUGAAUCGUUUAAAAAGGUAUCAAACAUAUCUGUCCCCAGACUUUCCAAAGUGUGACCUUCUAAAGGUGCUCUUUCUAAUUACUGUUUAAAGAGAAACAAUGGAAGGGUUUCUUUUCACUACCUUUUCAAAAAGUAGAGGCUCCAAGAGUCAAAUAAGUGUUUGUUUGUUGUGUGUGUCUGUGUGUGUCUGUGUGUGUCUGCAUCUGUGUCUGUGUUUUCCACGUCAUAUCUACAGUAUGUGCCCAAAGUUUCAUUGAUGCUUGGUAAUUGUAGUUUGUUUUUUAACUGCUUCUAUACUGUUUUGAAAGGAACCUUAUUUGUUUGUUUUGUCUAUUUAAGCAACGAGAACAACCCUGUUAUAAAACAUUAUCACAUCAAGGAGACAAGCGACAUCCCCAGGAGAUACUACUUGGCAGAGAAGCAUGUUUUUGAUUGUAUCCCGGAACUGAUCACCUAUCACCAGCAUAAUGCAGGAGGUAUGUCCAGGCAAGAACAGGUGAAACAGCUUUGAAAUGAUCCAAAGAUGUUAGGAUUUUUUUAUAUAUAUAUAUAUAUAUAUAUAUAUAUAUAUAUGUAUAUAUGUAUAUUUUAAGUUGCUCUGGAAAUCAAAGUUCAGUUCAGCUGCUGUUAAACAUGAGUGGUUGUUUUGCAGAUGCAGAAGUGCCUCUUGGUGUCAGCAGUGGAUUGCUCUGUUAAUUAAACUUAGUUCCCAUAACUUAAUUCACACAAAUUUCAAUGGGAAAUAAGUUCAACUAACUUAUCCAGCCCUGUGUAAAUUACCUGUGUUUCUGAUUAUCUGAAUGAUUGUAAGUUAUACAUUGUCUCUUAUAUUUGUCACUCUGGGCCCAAACUUUAUACUGACAGAGCUUCAUAGAACUUCCUUGGGAUAUAACUUCUCUAUGAAUCAUAGUCAUAGACAUAUUCAAACAUAUUAUGUGAAAUGUGGCUGUCAUCUAUCUCCUUAGUCUACGUUAACUCUUGGCUCCAUGGCCCAUCUCUUUUCCACCCCUUCCAACAAUCAGCAGUCAGUGUCACCUUUUCCUCCAAUUCAUGUAUAUAUAUUUCCCAUCAUGCAGGUCUUGUGACUCGUUUGAGGUAUGCUGUUUGCUCUUGGAGAGAAAAGGCUCCUGUUACUGCUGGCCUAAGUUAUGGUGAGGAGACUGCAUUGAUUUGAUUGUGCUUUUAUUCUUUAGUUAUAUUCAUUUGGCAUAAUGGUUUCACUUGUCUAAAUGACAUGUGCUAUGACUCUAUAGAAGUUAAUGUUGCAUCCAUUUUCACUGAGAACAGGCUCACAUCAAUGAAUGGAUCAAGUAGAAACGUACUUUUAGCAAAAACAACAGAACCUCAUAGUAUCUUAAAUACUAAGGGUGAACUUCAAUGGAACGCUUAGGAGAUUGUUCCAUCAGUGAAAACAUUUCUGCUUGUCCAGUAGAACAAUUUCCCCUUUCCUCCAUCUGUAUUCUGUUUUGGGGUUUCCCCGAAUGCCCCCCAAGCAGAUUUGGGGAGUGCAUGGGGGCAACGGGGGGGGGGGGCAUUUAAAACAAAAUGUGUAUGAUGGUGCAGUCUAAUGGAAAACUGAUGAAUUACUAUAAGAAUCUAACCACGUUCCAUUAUUAUCAAGAUUAAAUUGUCAAAAUUUGAAUGAAACUUCUCAAACCCUUAAAAUCUAUUAUCAUAGCUGGGGGUAUUGUAAAAGGCCUAGUACUGCUGCACUCCUUUUCUUUCAUAAAGCACUACACAGGCUUGAAAGUGUUGUUCUGCUGCCUUAUCCUAGGAAAAUGGAUGAUUAAUCCUCAGGAACUGACAUUUGACCAGGAGAUUGGCCUUGGCCAGUUUGGAGUGGUUCAUCUUGGUUACUGGCUGGGCCGGAUGAAAGUGGCCAUAAAAACCAUUCGCACAGGAGCCAUGUCAGAAGAAGACUUCAUUGAGGAGGCCCAAGUCAUGAUGUAAGCAAUCCUGCCAAGGUCCAAUACCAGUCAAGGUCCAUUACAUUGUGUCAAGCCUUUAGAAUGAUGUCAGGUGAACCCAAUGUUGUGUAAAACAGAGACACCAUUUCCUGUUAUGAAUCGAAUGGCAACAUGACUUUUUAUCUCUUAGUGCAACCUUCACUAAUGUCCAGUUUGGGACAAUCUCUAUAACCAGAAUUAAAAUGUACUGAAUGUUGUGCUUCAAAUACAGGCUGAAAAGUUGUGGGACAUAUGAGUGCUUUGUAAGGUUCUCUUUGUCCCUGUACUUUGGUGGAAUUGGUCUUUACUGGAACAAUAAGAGCUAACCCCUGAAUUUCAUUUUUUAUCUAUGUGCAGACAUAUGCACAAAUAAAUAUUAAUGAAGUCAUGAUGAUUGGAGGCUACUUAGUGCAGUCCUAUAUAUCUACUCAGAAAUUUGAUGGGAGUUAUUUCCAGUCCCAGCUAAGGAUAUAAUUUCAGCCUGAGUUUCUGGUUGAUGAUGGAUCUUUAUGUUGUCCUUUUAAACACUGGGCAGUUCUAGAGGGAUAAGGAAUAUAAAGCCGGCAUACAGCAGGCUAUUUUUACUGCAGUCUUUGCUUGGCUCAGCAAUUCUUCUUUUUACGAUUCUAUGAAUUUUUGCUUUUGUUUUGAGAUAAUAUUUCUCUAGACACCACGACAAACAUGAAAAAUGUGGCAUCAAUUAUUUUAAAGCAUGAAGAAAAUAUUUUCGAUUUUAAAAAGCAGUAAUUUGAAUCAAUAUAAAGAUGGGGUAAAAUGCUGUUUCCACUGGGACUUUUGAUGCUGCACAAUCUCUCCUAAGGAUGAAGUUGGAAAUGAAAGAUUGACUUUGAUGUCACUGGUGCUAUAUUCAAAGGAAAGACAUAAGUUUCGCUUUUUAUAGCUCCUUCAAUAAAAAUCCCUAUUGUAUUAAUAUCUGAUGCUUAUUUUCAUAAAGACACAAAGCAAGCUCAGGUUGUUGGGGAAACUUCAUGAGCAUUUAUUAUACACAUUCUGAAGUAUUUAAAUGCAUUGCGUAUGUGAAGAGUAUUUAAACUACAUUCAGCAAGGCUGUUGCUUGAACAGAAAAUAGGGGAAAUGUCAAUUACAUUUUGUUUAUUUGUGCAAGCAGUGCAGAAUCCAUCUUACUUUUCAAGAGAUUCAUACAAUGAUGAGAGAAAUAUAACAUGAAAUUUUCCAGGACCCACGAUUUGUGUGUAUACCAUUCCUGGGUCUGGUUUUCUUCUUUCACAUUGAUUUUCUUGCUCUUUUCUUAAAUUUCCGGUUGAAUAUGCCCAUAUAUCAGCUUCUGCAAAGGACUUCACAUGACUACACUGAUUUCUCCUCCUAUGUCAACAGGAAGCUCUCCCACCCCAAAUUAGUCCAGCUGCAUGGGGUAUGCAUGCAACAAGCUCCUAUGUGCCUAGUGUUUGAAUUCAUGGAGCAUGGAUGUUUGGCUGAUUAUCUAAAGAGGCAGCGAGGGAAUUUCUCAAAGGAAGAGCUCCUUGGAAUGUGCCAAGAUGUGUGUGAAGGAAUGGCUUAUCUGGAACAAGCGUCUGUCAUCCACAGAGACUUGGUAUGUCUGGGUCAUGUCCGUCUGUACCUCUUGUAAAGAAAUUAGCAGCUCUUAAAUUAAGAAGGAAAUGAAAUUAUCACCACUUACAAACCAUAAUUUAAAUAAUUAGGACUGUAACAAAUAUGAUUCCAUUUCAGUAUGUGAGCCAAAAAUAGCGGUUGUGGGGCCAUUAUAGUUAUUUCCUAAAAAAUCCUUUUAUUGUCAGAAUAUUUACUCUUUUAGGCGACCCACCCCCUCAUCUUCAAAUGCUAUUGUUUCCCUACCUGCUGAGGCUCUGGUGCCAUUGUCCUUGUCAAGUUUUUCCACAGACUGGCCAGUGACAUGGGCGAUCCCAGCCAACUGGAAAUCGCAUGCUAAAUGGGAUGAUAUCACAUAACUAUGUAGCCAAUUUUUUUUUUGCUACAUGAAGAUAUUAGUGAGGGAACACAGUCUGCUGAGAAUGAGGGCAGAUCUACAUGGAUCAAACAUAUUCAUGAACCCAGCCAAUCAGAUUUGACCACAUGAUUAUGUCGUUGAGUGAAGAAGACAGACUAAUCUGAUUAAAAGAGGAGGAGCAAGUCUGAGAUAUGUAAUUGAAUAUGCAAAUGUUUUCACAACCUCUGUGGAAAAAUGUUCAAAAGUGUUGGAUGUACUUUUCAACACAGCUAAAAUUGCUCUUGAGAAAUAAUGGGUUGUUUCAGUUCAGCCCUACUAAUACUCUCUUUUUCUCCAUUCUACACAGGCUGCUCGGAAUUGCUUGGUAGGAGAAUUCCAAGUUGUCAAAGUGUCAGAUUUUGGAAUGUCACGGUAAUUUGAACCUUGUAUGCAUACUGGAUGAGUAGAAUUCCACUAAAGUUUCCCCCUCCUUUUGAAAUGUGUCCAGCAGCUACUUCAUUGUUGUGGCAAAAUAUACAUUUAGUCUGGAGCUGUCCUGUUCUUGCUGAAACUUCCUCUAGCUGUUCCCUCCUUUAACAAUGUUUUUUUUAAAAAAUGUGAACUUAAAGUGCUGGAGGCACCAUUUCUCAUGAUUUCCACACUUAAUUUCUUUUGCCCCACUGUCAUUUCCAAUCAAACAGUUUGAGCCAUUGUGAAAACCUAUAAAAACUAAGAACAAAGAAAAUAAUGAGAUGCCUCUAUCAUAACCACAUUCAACCCUCUGGAAAAGAAAUCCCAUCAACUGUUAAACCACUGUCAUCACCUGCUGUUUUCCAGGCAUCAUUUCACCAGUUGCUAGCCGGAUAUGUUCUGUAGUUAACAGCGCUGUUGAAAUGGUUGCAGUAUCUGAUAAUAUGGAACCAGAGGCAGUGAACCAUUUGGUUUAGCUUCCCGUCUGGACCAGGACAUAUUAUCCUCUUACACCAGUAAUCAUGUAUUAUAAGGAGGAUGUUAUGUUAGCAUAGUGCACAGUAUUUAUUAUUAUUAGUAAUUCAAUUUAUAUACCACCAUCACAAGAUCUUAGGGUGGUUCACAGAAUAAAAUGCAAACACAAGUAAACAACUCAAACUAAAACAAUAACUCCCCCCCACCCCAAUACUCACCCCACAAUAUUGUAUGAGAUCCUGAGAACUGAUUCUUACGCUUGCAAUGUAUGCAUUCUGCCAUGGAGCUGCAGCCUUUCCCUGUGUACAAUGGUGUUUGUGUAAUGUGGACCCUGGAAUCAUUCAAAUGGGUUGUGGCCUUAAACACGUUGCUCUGUUUUAGAUACGUCCUUGAUGAUCAGUAUACCAGCUCCAUGGGCACCAAAUUCCCCAUCAAAUGGUCAGCACCAGAGGUUUUCUCCUAUAGUCGGUAUAGUACCAGAUCUGAUGUAUGGUCAUUCGGUAAGAGCCUUUAAUCUCAAAAUUCCCAUUCACUUAAUUACUUCAAGUUCUUCUUCUUGAAAAGACCUUCCAUUGUUAAUCCUUUCUAGAUAAGAAGUUCCAGCCUCGUCCUCAUAUCCCUUUUGUGUAAAAAGGCUUACAUUAUUAUUAUUUAAAUGUAAUAUGUUUUAAACCAUAUUUGGCUUAACAUUUCCUAUAGAUGGGGAGGGGGGGAUUGCAGGCGCCAGCAUGGUCUGUGACUUAUUAUUAAUUUGCAUAGCAUGGUUUGCAUAAGAGGAUUCUUCUGUCAAGUCAUGGCAUCGUGUUUCUGCGAGCCUUUCCGCUUUGCUACCCCUCAAUCUUUUCACAUUCUCCACUCGGUCAUUAAACCAUCCUACUGUGACCUGGAUCAAAACACCCUGAGGAAUGACAACUAGCUUUACCUAUGAGUGAGCACUUCAACUAAGAGUUUCGUAAUUUUGCUUAUUCACCAAUAAAGGAUCCUGGAAGGGCAUCCCCUAGAUUUAUAAAUGUUUCAAAGCGCUUGUAUCAUGAAGAUGCUUCUUGAGAGCUGGCAUUACUUAGCUGAUAUGAAUACGGAAUUCCGCUAGAGACAGGGUAGCUCUGUGCUUUUUGCAUACAGUUGUCAACUGCAAUUAAGAAAAUAUCCUUUCCAUUUUGCUUCUUUAUUUUGAAUUCACAGUUAGUGUUUUGGGUGGUUUGUUUCUAGUCAUGCAGAACAGCAACACUUGUUUGAAGUGAGUUUCACAGUUUCGAUUUAACCGUGUUUUGAUUCAGCAGUUGUGUUUGAUUAAUUAAUUUUGACCCUUUUGAAAAGCAAGUUGGCAGACAGAUCAUAACUCCAGUGAAGAAGUUGCAUUGUCUGCAACAAAGAAAAUUUUAAUAAUUUACAUGAGAUCAUUGGGGAGAAUCAGUGGUAAAGUCCAGAGAGCCAGUGUGGUGUAGUAGUUAGAAUGUCAGGAUUCUUCUUCUUUGGCGAUCACUUGCAGCCAUGUAAGAUUGUCUUCCAUAAACACGGUCUUAACAGUGAGUCUGUAAGUGACUGUGGAGGCCAAUUCUGGAUCCACACAUCAUUCCACAGUGGGGAUAUAGGUUUCCUGGCGGGAGUUAAUUACAGUAUGGAUUUGCCAAGUGUACCUUCCUCUUAGCACAUUUCUCCCUUUUGUCCUGAGUUCGAACAUCUUCAAAGCCCAUGACACCUUUGGUAAAGGCUGUUCUCCAAUUGGAUCUGUGAGGUCAGGGUUGAAUUCCCCAUUCAGCCAUGAAGCUCACUGGGUGACAUUGGCCAGUCACUGCCUCUCAGUCUAGUAUUCCUAUCAGGGUUGUUGUGGGGAUUAAACAAGGAGGGAGAGAAUCAUGCAAGCCACUUCCAAUUCCUUGAAGAAAAUAUGGGAUAUAAAUGCAAUUGAUCAGUCCUGGCUCCCACAUAUAGGCAGAGGCAAACACAUAACAUACUGACAAUCAGGAAACCAGUGAGACUAUUUCUAUUGUAAGCCUCAUUUAGUCUCAACAUAGGAAGCCACCUUAUUUAUGUAUUUAUUUAUCUGAAAUUCUGUUCACCCUUCCUUCCGAAGGAGCCCAAGGCAGCAAAGACAGCCAGUCUUUAAAAAAAAAUAAAAAUUCCAAAACUGUUAAAAACACCUAAAAAAGAUUCAUUUUAAAACAAGUCAGCAAACUUUUUCAGCAGGGGGCCGGUCCACCGUCCCUCAGACCUUGUGGGGGCCCAGACUAUAUUUUGGAGGGAAAUAAUGAAUCAAUUCCUAUGCCCCAUAAAUAACCCAGAGAUGCAUUUUAAAUAAAAGGAUACAUUCUACUCAUGUAAAAACAUGCUGAAUCCUGGACUUUCCGCGGGCCGGAUUUAGAAGGCGAUUGGGCCAGAUCUGGCGCCCGAGCCUUAGUUUUCCUACCCAUGUUUUAAAACUUUCUAAAAACUGUUAGUUAAAACCGUUGUUUCAUCCAGUGAUCUCAGGGUUUAUUUUAUUUUAGUUGUUGUAUUUAUAUCCCACCUUUUCUUCCAAGGAGCUCAAGGUGGCAUAUAUGAUUCUCUCCUCCCUCAUUUAAUCCCCACAAUAACCAUGUGAGGUAGGUUAUUUGUGGGGCAUAGGAAAUCAUUCAUAUAUUUUUUUCCAAAAUAUAGUCCGCCCCCCUCACAAGGUCUGAGGACAGUGGACCGGCCCCCUGCUGAAAAAGUUUGCUGACCCCUGGACUAGAUUAUCCACAGGGUCCCUUCUAACUCUAGGAUUCUCUGCUGCCACUGACAUGUACCUCUUUUCAGUCAGAUUUGUGCCACCUGUGCCCUAGAAGACGAUUGCCCGGUGCUCCUCAGUAAACCAAGUAGCCUCCCAGACACAGAAGAUGUCUGUGGGAGAAAGGCGGGCCAUGACAUUAAUGUGGAUGCGCUCUCUUCCAAAAUUAUAUGUUGCUUGUUUUCUUUCAGGAGUAUUGAUGUGGGAGAUAUUCAGCGAAGGCAAAAUGCCUUACGAGAACCGGACCAACGCUGAAGUGGUGGAAGAAAUCAGUGCUGGUUUACGUUUGUAUAAGCCCAGACUGGCCUCCAAUACCAUUUACAUGCUCAUGAGACAUUGCUGGAGUGAGGUCAGUACUAGAACAGGUGCAGAUUACUUCAUAUAUGAGAAGAGGGAUCAGAAUGCCACCUCGUAAAGGGGGAUCCGAAACAGCACUGGUCUUUACUUAAGGAGAGCAGAAGUAGUCCUGCUAACACCAUUUAAACAUUCUAAGAAAAAUAAUAUGCAGGUUUAGAAUUUUAAUUGGUCAAAAAUUCUGGAAAAUCUCUCAUGUUAGGGUGGGGUUAUCCCACUGCAGGUGCUAACUAGAUUACCAAUGCCAGGACGUUUGCGUUUUCAUCAGCAAUAUAAUUCUCGUAAGCUUUAACAUACUUGUCAGAUUAAAAUUAAGAAUGAUGAUGACGACGUAGGGCCACAAUCAGAAGAAACCUUUUUCACGUAUUUCCCAGCUCAUGGGGCCCUCUGCCAUAUUCUGCACCUAGCCUUUUGCUUCCUGGUGAGAGGAAGCUUUGUCUGGUACCAGAAGAAAAAGCGCUCACUGCACAGAAACGGGACUGGGCUGGCUUGUCACAUAUGAGCUGCUGUCUAUUGUUUUCACCAUCAUGUAAUGCUUACUAAACAACACUGCAGCUGCUAUACUUUUUAUAUAUGCUGGAAGCCACCCAGAGUGGCUGGGGCAACCCAGUCAGAUGGACGGGGUACAAAUAAAUUAUUAUUAUUAUUAUUCCUUCUUAGAAGGUUUUCAGUAAGAAUGCUGGCAUGGUUUUUUUUAGCUUAUUGUUGAUUUUAAUUAUUUGUUUGAAUGUUUUAAAAUAGUUGUUUUUAACUGUAUUUUCCAUGGUAAUUUUAUUCUUUUUGUAAACCACUUUUGAGUUUUUAUUACAAUCGGGCAGUAUAGAAAUCCUGCAAAAAUUCAUUAAUUAAUUGCUUUUCUGGUUGCUAUUGGCCUUCACAAUACGGUCUUCAGUGUUGUCUUCUAUGUUGUCCCUUCAGAAGCAAGAGGACAGACCCCCCUUCUCUACCCUGCUCUACCAGCUCAACGAAAUAUCUGAAACUGAUCUUUAACUAAAGAUGAAAGGAAGCUGCUUCUUAAUUAAAAAAGAAAAAAGAUAUGAAAGGCAUGACCACGUUUAGCACACCUUGUUCAGAUGUAUUCAUUCACCUUGAAGUAGCUGACCUGGGACAGAAAUAGCGACAGGAAUCCUGGCUAUUUAAAAGUCCUACACAAACUGAGAAAACGGAUAAUGCAAGAUGCUUUCAGGGUUGUGUCUAAUUAUCUGUUCAGUGAGGAUUCAGGAGUCUAUCUUCUGUUUCACAUGGUGAUACCGAUAUUGAAGAUGAUGAACUGUCAUUGCUUUAUGGAGCUGGCACUUUUUUUUUUAUUGAAAAAUGACUCAUUUCAAGGGGAACUGAAGUAUGACUCUCAUCCUCCAAGCCUGCUUGAAGCUGAACGGGAAUAUUAAGCUAUUCAUAAACAAAUGUUUUGACAGCCAAUUCAAAACACAAUCUUCUUGUAAAACAUAUUGCAUGGAUUAACAUAGGACACAGCAGGGACAGGUGGGACUCGUUACUGCAUCUUGUACAUUGGGAAAGUUAGGAAUGGACUGCUUGCUUUGAAGCUUUGGAGUAUAAAAUAUAGGAUUCUGCUACUUGUUUAUUUUCACUUUUUACAUAAUGUUUUGAAAAAACGGGUGGGGAAUAUAUAUAUUCAGCAGGGUUAGCUAAUAUACAAAUAUUUUAUAAUAUAUUCUUUCACUAUCAACUGUUUAAAAACUGUUGUUACAAGAAACAUGGGUAAAAAAAAUGUGAGCACCUCAGGUGGCAAGUGCUGAAUGCUAUUAAUGACAGCAAAUUGUUACUUUAUUUUACAUGAGAGAAAUAUAAAUAUAUGAUAUAUAAUGUACAUUACAUUGAACUUCCACCUUAGUUGCCAAAAUUUCUUGAACUGGCCCUUUACCUGCUUACCCAUUUCCAAUGGUCAAUCACAAUGUACAAUAUUAUAAAAUACCCUGCUGGACUGUUCUCCAAUUGAGGAUGACUUUGAACUGAUUGUAUUGUAUUAGAAUAGUAUAGCUAUUUAAGUGUUUUUGUACAUUGUUAUUGCUGUGAUUAUGUUUUUGUAUCGUGUUUUCAUUGUAUAAAUUUUGUAAGCCUCUUUGACCAUUUUCAGAUUGUAAAACUAGAGAUUCUUUUAGAAAAAUGCUGGGAAAUAAAUAAUAACGGAAAUAUGGAAUAUGUAGAUGAGAUGAGGAAACUAUUACAAACUGUUGGAGAGUAAUAUGUCCUAUUGUCUUCCAUGUAAAUUCUAUCAUUACAAAAAGUUUCAAUGCACAGGUUCGCAUUUAACAAAUCUUAUAUAUAAAGGAGAGUUCUAUUGGAUAUUGGUGGUUGGCCCCAAAACAGGAACUUUAAAACAAAUGUCCUGAUCUGGCAAGAAUGCCACUGUAUACACCAGGCAUAGGCAAACUCUGGCCCUCCAGAUGUUUGGGACUACAAUUCCCAUCAUCCCUGACCACUGGUCCUGUUAGCUAGGGAUGAUGGGAAUUGUAGUCCCAAACAGCUGGAGGGCCAGAGUUUGUCUAUGCUUGGUAAACGCAGCCUACAUGUGUUCCAUGUGUUAAUGUCCAUAGUCCAGACACAUCUCAUCCAGGCUCUACUUAACUGACUGAAUGUAUUUCUGGUGCAAGGCUGUACAUCUGCAUCGAGGACCACAAUUGUUGCAUAAGACCAUUGCAGCUAAAUCAAGGCCCAGGCUGUAUCCUAUGGAAGAGAGACUUUGCUGCAGAGUUAUCUUUGACAGUGUUAAAAACUCAGAUACGAAAGCUAGAAGCUAAAUGGCACCUUAAACCUAGCUUAUGGGCGCAACAAUGGCAUUGCCCUCAAAGAGGUGGAGCUGUAUCUUGCUCUUGCAUUUCAGAGUUGUACCCUCAAUGUACAACUCAGGACUUGCUUGUCCUCGGUGUAAAGGAAUUAUAAUAAUCUGAUACUGUACAUAGUUUUGCAUAAAAGUCUUUCUGUUACACAUUUUUUGAAAUCGUUUUGGAUUAGUAAAUAAAUGAGCACCUUGUGUCAAACAUUUUGUUAAUCAUUCCCAAACAAAAUAAUAAUAAAACAUCAGAAAAAUCCAAGAUUAGCCAUAUUCAGAGUAGACUCAAUGAAUUAAUAGCUAUGACUAAAUUAUAUCCAUUAAUCUAAAUACAUUAAAAGUACAUUAAACA